CUAGAAACAAGCUGUCAUUUGUUCUUUCACUGUAUGUAUACUAAACUAUUUUGAGCAGAUGUUUAACAUCUUAUAAGACGGAAUACCGGGCAAUCAUAAUACAACUAAGAUCAAUUGUUUUUAUUUCCGCUCGAAAGUAACUUGUUUUGUCCGGUGUGUCUGAUUUCCGAGUUUACGUCGAGCACAUGAAGGCAGCAUCGUUUCACCUCUGGAGAGAAAUCAACGCAAACGUUUAAAGAAGUUCAAGUUACAAAGCUCACGCAUCUCCACCUGAAAAUACGAUUAAACUGCAGAGGUUAGAACGCCAACACAAAGACAGAGGAAAGUAACUGGAACUAACCGUAACGUCGUGGAUCUUCAUCUCUCUUGUUCUGGUCUCAGUCUGUGACCUCUGACCUCCACCAUGACCGUGGUCACUCAGGUCUUUCCUAAGGGUGAAGCCCCGCCCCCUUCCACCCAACAGGCCCCGCCCCCUUCCACCCAACAGGUCCCGCCCCCCGACCCCGCCUCCAAGAUGGACGACAUGACCGCCACCUUCCUGCGGGGGGCGCCACAAGUUCUCGGGGUGGUCCAGAUCUUCAUCGGUCUGCUGUGUCUCCUCUUCAGUCUGACUGCUGUCUUCUCCCCGGUCCUGAUCCUCCACGCUCCGCUCUGUGCCUCCGCCACCUUUGUGGUCUCUGGUUCUCUGGCUGUGGCCGCAGCGAGACGGACCUCAGUGGGACUGGUGUGUGCGUGCCUGGUGUGGAGCCUGCUGAGCGUGGUGAUUGGUCUGGGGGGCGGGGCCUAUCUCUGCUGGCUGCUCUCUGAUAGGUCGGCUGACCGCUCCACCUCUCAGCUCAUCUGUGACGAUCUCCUCCGGUCAGCGUGUUGGCCCGUGCACCCACAGUUACAGCAAAUGACGAAGAACUGCUACGAACAGAUGAGGUGGCUGGAUGUGAGUGUUUACGGACCUCUGGGUGCCCUGCUGGUUCUGCUCGUCCAGGUCUGUGUAGUCGUCACCGUCUGCGUGUUCUCCUGCAGAGCUCUCGCACGCCGCCACAGCUCCGCCCCCAUCAUGGUGGAGGUCGGUGACCGCGGCGCUCUGCUGUCCGGCAGCGACGUCUCUCUGCUGGGCAGCGAGGGAGAGGAAGCCUCCACGCUGCCUCCCUAGUCCCUAUGAGAGGGAAAACUACAGUAAUCCUACAGGAGAGAGUACUCGCAUACUGGGACUCGGCCUGUCAUUGUAAUCUGUAAUCGUCUCUCCAGCUGUUUCUCUCUUUCAUCUGUUGUUAACAAUCGUUUUCAUGCUGCGCUGCAUUCUGGGUCGUUUGGGGGCUUAAUCUGCUCAAAGUUGGGACUGAGUUUAAAUGUGGAACAGAUAAUACUCUAGUGUUAAUUUCAACAAAUGUAAUUGAAGGCUACGUGUCCACUGUCAGCGUCAAAUCCACACUUUCUCAUUCAACUGUCUAUGGGAGCAGCCGUGCAAUGCAUUCUGGGAGCAUUUGCAUGUUGUUGAAUCCAGCCAACUUUAUGCAAAUGAGGAGCGGCCGGCUCGGCUCGCCGCAUCGCUCGCCGCAUCUCAAAAUCUGACGUUGAUGUAAAUACGAGCAAAAUAAAGCUGAAAGUCUGCACUACAAUUUCUUUUCAAAUCCAUUGUGUUAUUGCACAGGGCCAAAAUCAUGAAAAUUGUGUCACUGUCCAAAAUAUUUCCGAACCUAACUGUAUGUAUUCUAAGCCAAUCUCCUGUCUAUAAUGCUUCUCAUAUGUCUUGGGAGUCAAACUGUGAAGAAAUAAACAUUAUAACUUUUGACAAAAUAUCUGAAUUUUUUCCAAAAAAGUCCAACGCUUUUGCCCUCAUGACAUUCACUAUGAUGUCACUAAAUAUGCUGGCUCUAUACACACUAAAAGUCCUGAUUAUUUACAUGGAGUCUGGUGGAGAUAUGCUGGCUCUAUACAUGCUAAAAGUCCUGAUUAUUUACAUGGAGUCUGGUGGAGAUUUGCUGGCUCUAUAAAUGCUAAAGGUAGUGUGUGUGUGUGUGUGUGUGUGUGUCAGUCUGCCUCCUACUCCCUGAUCCUGUUUCUUUAAAUAAUAAAGGGAAGUGUUUGGAUUCUUGGAAAUGAUGUUGUGGAGAGAUAAACACGAUGUGUUUAAGUGUAAUCAGAGUAAACAUAAUCUAGUGCGCACUACUGACUUAACCCGUCAAAAUGACAAAAUGUUGAAUGUAUGAUUUUGUCAGAAUAUUGUUUAAGUUUUUGUAAUUUAAAGCUGCAGUUUUAACCUUAAAACCACAGUUUGGUUGUCGCAUUUCAUGUAAGAUUUCCUUGUGUCUCUGUCUCUUUUAUGUGUAAA